AUGGCGAUCCGUGGCCAACGAUCAUCUGUGGCCAACGAUCAUCUGUGGUCAUCUGAUUCCUGCAGAAGCACAGGCACCUUCAAUAUUUUGGAGUCUGGUCAAUGCAUCAACUACCUCAUGGAAGUAUCGAACCUCACUGUCUCUACCCCUUCAACAUUCAUCCUUAUGGGAAUCACCGGACUGGAAGCUGCCCACAUCUUGAUUUCCAUCCCUUUCUCUGUGUCCUACAUUAUUGGCCUGCUGGGAAAUGUCACCGUUCUGCUGGUUGUUGGCAAAGAGCAGACCCUGCACCAGCCGAUGUACCUGCUGAUCUGCAUGCUGGCACUCACAGACAUCGUCACGUCUACCUCCGUCGUGCCAAAGGCCCUGUGUAUAUUUUGGUUCAAUUUGAAAGACAUUACUCUGGUUGGCUGCCUCACCCAGACAUUCUUCCUUCAUGCAGUUUCUGUGAUGCAAUCAGCCAUUCUUGUGACUAUGGCCUUCGAUCGCUACGUGGCCAUAUGCAACCCCCUGAGAUAUGUCACCAUCCUCACCAACGCACGCAUCGCGAAGCUGGGGCUAUUAGGUUUGUUAAGAGCUACCCUCAUUGUUCUACCGCUGUCCGUGCUUCUAAGUAGGCAGCCAUUCUGUGCCAGCCACACUAUCUCCCACACGUACUGUGAGCACAUGGCUGUGGCGAAGCUGUCCUGUGGGGACAUCACUGUCAACAGGAUGUACGGCUUGGUGGUGGUGUUUGUUGUCUUAGGGUUAGAUGUGAUGCUCGUUGCCUUGUCCUACGGUCUGAUUGCCAGGGCCAUCCUCAGAAUCUCCUCCAAGAAAGCCCACCAGAAAGCCCUCAACACCUGCACUGCCCACAUCUGUUGUAACCUUUCAGACCCCAUCCCCUACACCUUAUGA